AUGGAUCCGCCCGAACGCACGUCGGUGCAAGAGACGCCGGCCGCGCCGGUCCUCCUGGGAAGCAGGUGCGCAGACGAAGAGGCGGGAAGCCCUGUCAAGGCUGCACACAGCGCCGAGCUGAAUUUGCAGAAAACAUCCAAGCGCGCUAAUGGAUUGCAAGACGAUUCGGAAGAAGAUCCCGGCCGAGGCAAAUGCCGCCUUCCUCUGCUCAACUGGUUUCGGCUCCUGUGGAGGCUGUUUGGCUCAUUUGCGCCCCUUGGCAUGCUGUCCUAUGGGCUGCAGCAGGGUUUUGCCCGGGGAACCUCGGAGUUUGCCUGCAAGUACUACAUGAUGGACACCCUGCAGCUGGAUGGGGCAACCAUGGGCAGGCUGCUCGCAGUGGCUCACGUGCCCUGGAACGUGAAGCCGGUGCUUGGCAUGCUCUCCGACACCAUGCCUCUGAUGGGUUUCCACAAGACCUCCUAUUUGGUCAUUGGCUGCGUCUUCAGCUUGCUGGCCUACCUUUGGUUUGGCUGCGUCGCCCUCGGAACCUCUGGACUCGUGGUGUUCAUGUUGUCCGUGAACUUGUCUCUCGCGUUGUCGGACUUGGUCAUCGAUGCCACUGCGGCGAGGCUGGGAAAGGAGCACGCGGCGCACGCGUCUGACCUGCAGUGCGCACUGAGAUCUGCAGAAGCAACUGGCGGAAUCGUCGCCGGAGCAGCGAAAGGCUCGCUGGUUGCACUGAUCUCUCCGCAGGGCACCUCGCUCGUCAACACGCUUUCCGCGGUGGGUGUCCUUGUGCCCGCCUUGCUCGGCUGGCUGCCAGAAGAGCGGCUGCCCGCGCGCCAGAGAUGUGCGCCGAAUGUCAAGGAGUUCCACAAGCACCCACUAAUGUCUGCAGUGGCCAUAGUGUUGUCGGUCGUGGCCAUCGGCCUUUCCCUGGUGCAUCUGUUCGUCGAGGACAUGCGCUUGAGAGCGACCAUCACCAUCAUCUGCGCCAUGGGCAUCGGAGCUUCCACAAUGAAGGCCUUGUCGGGCAUCUCCCCGUACUUCGGGUGCACGGCGCUCUUCAUCUUCCUGCGCCUCGUUCUUCAGCCAGGCCUGGGUGAGGCGAUGUUCGUAUGGUUGACUCGCUUCCCUCAAGGGCCCCAGCUCAGUACCCAGCUCAUGGGGAUCACUGACUGCUUCGGCCAAGCUGGGAUCCUAAUCGGCCUUCUUUGCUACCGGAACUUCAUGACCAACUGGCCCUACCGGAAGAUCUUCCUGGUAGGGCAGAUGGCGUACUUCACCAGUCAGCUGCUGGACAUUUGCUUAGUCAUGCGCUGGAACCGCCUGAUCGGAAUACCCGACUUCUUGUUCUAUGUCGGCGACACGGCCUUCGACCUCGCAGUCUCCAAGCUCUUUUACGUGCCGCUGGUGGUUCUGGCAUACAAGGUCUGCCCAGCGAAUCUGGAGGCGACGCUCUUUGCCUCACUGAUGGCCCUGAACAACAUCGGUUGCGAUUCUGGAAAGUUCCUGGGGGUCAGCCUCUGCGAGUUUUGGGGCAUUGUAGACGGAAACUUUGACUACCUGGUGCACGGCCUUGUGACGAAAGCCAUCAGUCGGCUCUUGCCGAUUCCCCUGAUCUUCCUCCUGAUACCUUGCCAUCUCACCCCCAACGACCCAGUUCCGCUGCACAAGCCCGAGAACUAG